AUGGGCAUUGUUAAGGCCUCAAAUGCAAUUGCAUCUUGCAAAAUGAGAGGAAGCAAUAAGAAUAAUUCAUUUUCUUUAUCAAGCCGUUCUUCAACCAUAUUAGAUGUCUCCACAAAGAGCAAAGUGGAUCAGUUUAACACAGCUGGUUUAGAAUGGAUUGACAAAAUUCCAGAUUGUCCUGUAUUCCAUCCAUCAAAGGAGGAGUUUGAGGAUCCUUUAGCAUAUCUGUGGAAAAUUGCUCCAGAAGCUUCAAAAUAUGGAAUUUGUAAGAUUGUUUCUCCUUUGAAUGCUUCCAUACCACCUGGAAUUGUAUUAAUGAAAGAAAAGAAGGGUUUUAAAUUUACAACUAGUGUGCAACCUCUUCGGCUUGCAGAGUGGGACAUGGAUGACAAGGUCACAUUCUCUGUGAGUGGAAGAAAUUACAAACUGAGAGAUUUUGAGAAGAAGGCAAACAAGGUGUUUACUCGCAGAUACUGUUCUUCUGGAUCUCUUCCUUCCACAUACUUGGAAAAGGAAUUUUGGAAUGACAUUGCUUCUGGAAAGAAAGGAACAGUUGAAUAUGCUAUCAAUGUUGAUGGCAGUGCUUUUUCAUGUGAUCCUAAUGAUCAGAUUGGAAAAAGCCAAUGGAACUUGAAGGCUCUUCCACGGCUGCCAAAAUCCACACUGCGUUUGCUGGAAAAUGUGAUUCCGGGUGUAACAGAUCCCAUGCUUUACAUUGGAAUGCUAUUCAGUAUGUUCGCGUGGCAUGUGGAGGAUCAUUUUUUGUACAGCAUUAACUAUCAUCAUUGUGGUGCGAUUAAGACUUGGUAUGGGAUUCCCGGUCAUGCAGCUCUGGCAUUCGAAAAGGUAGCCAUGGAUCAUGUAUAUUCUUCUGAUAUUCUCUCAGUUGAAGGGGAGGAUGGAGCUUUUCAUUUGUUGGCAGAGAAAACGACGAUGUUUCCUCCAAAGAUUUUGCUACAACAUGAUGUGCCUGUCUACAGGGCUUCACAAAUGCCGGGUGACUUUGUUAUCUCUUUUCCAAGGGCAUACCAUGCAGGAUUCAGUCAUGGCUUUAAUUUUGGUGAGGCAGUAAACUUUGCAAUUGGUGAUUGGUUUCCAUUUGGGGCAGCAGCUAGCGAACGUUAUGCACUUCUCCACAUGGUUCCAGUUCUUCCUUAUGAGGAACUUCUUUGUAAAGAAGCAAUGCUUCUUGACAAGUUUUCAAAACAUGAAGUUUUAGAUCAGUCAACUACAGAAUUGGCAUCUUAUCAUAGCAUUAAAGAUUCUUUCAUACACCUAAUACGAUCCCAUCAUCAUGCUCGCCAGUCUUUAAUUGACUCAAGAGAUUUUUUGAGUGUCUCUGCUUAUUCUCAAGGAACUAUAUUAUGCAGCCUCUGCAAACGUGACUGUUUCGUGGCACACAUUAAUUGCAGUUGCAACUUCCAUCCUGCUUGCCUUUUCCAUGAGAAUGGGUCGCUUGACUUUCCAUGUGGGAGCAACUAUGUUCUUUUCCUAAGGGAAAACAUAACAAAGAUGGAAGAUGUGGCCCGGAAGUUUGAGCAGGAAAGAGAAAUAUUGCAUGAUGUUCGGCAACAGAUGGCAUGUAUAGAUAGCAAGCGCAUGCAGCUAACAGAGAUCCCUUCUGUUGAAAAUGGGCAUACUCCAUACAGUGACAGCAAGUGUGAAGCAAACCCUGAAUUUCAAAAAGAGAACAGAACUGUGAAGAAUGCAAUGGAUUUGAAGCUUUCAGAACUGCAGGACAUUAAGCAACCAAGCAAGCUUUGCCCUGAACGAAGGAAUGGUGGAGGAACCAUUACAACUGCCAAAAAGACUGCGUUGAUGAAGCUAAGAGAAAGACGGAAUGCUGAUAUUGGUGCUGGAAAGACUCUGAAGAGUGAGGUGGAGCAUCAUGAGAUGAGAGAACCAUUAAUUUCUUGGAAUGGAAAAAGAGCAAGAAGGAACCGUAAACUGCAAAAUACAGCAAAUAAAUCCAGAAGUUUUGUCCCUGUAUAG